AUGAUGGGUCCCGACUACCCGCUGUCGCCGUGGGCUGAACCGGUGAACGGCUACGAGCAGGCUCUGCCCUCGCUGCAGAUUCAAAAGGUGCUGCGCGAUAUCAAUCGCAAAUGUUUUUUGGGUGUGAAAGAGUGCAAGUGUUAAUGUUUGCCAUGCAUCUUCUGGGGCGGACACAUGGUCUGCGAAGCAUUACAGGUUUGGCGAAGUAGGCUUGGUCAUGCGCUUUCCCACAUAAGAAGCUCGCUUUUUGCGUGCCACGCGCAAGAAGAGCUAGCAACUACCGUUGGCACUCAUGCAAGAGAAAUUUUUGUCCGCUCGAGAGGUAGCAUCGCAAAUUUUGAACUUUUUCAGACCCAGACAUAUUUGCAAUGCAUAAGGGACGUCACCUACUGGAUGAUGCAGCUGCUGUACGAUGUGAAAGACUUCCGUGUGAUGGGACCGGGGGAGAAGAGCAGCACGGCGGUGGCGUCAAAAACUUCCCCCGCGGAUGAAAGUUAUAAAAGUGUUGAAAAAAGCCCCCACCCUAUAGAUGCAACAAAGGAGAUUUCUGUUGCUGGAUUUCUGUACACAAAUUUGCGCUGUAUUGCAGCAAGCGCUUGGAAGGCAUAUAUAUUCAUCAAAGCCUGAAGAUUACUAGUUGUGCAAAAGGCUAGCAGCUCGGCGUGGCAGACAGCUUUGCAGUAGGCAAGAGCUCAGCUGCACAGAUUAGCGCCGUGGAAUGCGUUUUGAAACGGCUCCCUGUUCUUGCCCCAUAUGUUGCAAGACAAAGCUGAUUUGUGGGCGCAGAUCAGCAUCACAAGUUUCCGCUUUCAGUAUGGGGUGGGGGGAUUAUUUUCCCGGACAGGUGCCACCGGUACUCCGGAUUCGCGGUGGUCUAUGAAAGCCUCAGAAUGGAAAUCCUCAAAGUGGAAUUAAUUUGUGAUGCAUGUAGUUGUUUUGUAGCUCGUUCGUCCACAAGCAGCAUUUGAUGAUUCAUACGUCCAAGCAACAGCUGCUAAAAUGUUUCUUAUCGCUACACGACGGCACUUCGUGCAAAAUCCUUUUCGGUAUUGCAUCGUCAUGUAAAAAAUCGGUAUGACUUCGUAAACGAAAAACAAAAAUCGGUUCGUACGUCUGUGCUCGUGCUCGUAGUUUCGUACCAUCGUCUGUAGGCUUUUUUAUCGCCAGUUGCUGGCGACGACAGUGUACAUACCAUCACGGUAUGUAGACAGUCGUGCGCUUUUUGCCGCGCCCCUGUGUUGCUUGGGCUGUCGACAGAUCGAGGCCUCGAGUAGUAGUGAGCAUGCACCCACGGUGUACUACUCGUUGACCUGGACUCGAUCUGUGCGAGCACCCGCUUAGACCUCCAGGCCUUUGAUGUACCACGGUCAGGUGCCCUGUGCUCGGUCUCUGCGGGACCCCGUGUGGCAGUAGCCGUCCUUGCUUCACUGUCCUAGGACGUCUCUCGUCACAUCUCGUACGUUGCACUUCGUAAAGUUCGCGCUUAAGUUUGUCUAUGCUCAUCGUGUUAUACUUUCUACUUUAUGACUAAGUAAAUGCACGCACCACCAGAAGUGCGUUGGUGCCAAUCGUGUUUCCACAUGUGCCAUCAGAAGUGCAUCGAAUCACGAGGGUAGUGAGUGAAUGAGUGAAUGAAUAAAUUUAUUGGUUUUAGUAGAGCCUGAUGCCACAAGGGACGAACUGCCCGUAGACCUCCGAUGUGAUGCAUGAAAUGCGACGCAAAAAGCCCUGUAUUGCUGAGCUCGCAAUGGAGGCCGACCAUUGUGCUUCUACGGGUUCAGAAUUGGGCUGCUGAUUAGCACGACACAAGGGCACCCCAUUGCCUAACUAGCAUGACAGACACGUUUUGAGUGCCCGGGAGAUUUGUCAUGCGCCGACUAGGAAUGGUGCUUCAACUGGAGUCGUUUUUUUGCAUUACAAAUUAUUUUCACUUUGAGAAUUUCCAACCUGAGGCUUUCAUAUUGUCAACGGCGCGAUCGCGGGCAGCGAGCUGGGGGAGCUAUGAGAGUGCGCAACCCUUUCUCCCCCUCAUUUGUUCUCAUGGAAAAUUACAACUCCAGUUGCUUCUCUGUGGCAAUGUUUGCAUGAGAAAUGAUUCCGGGAGCCUGCUAAACAGUACAACAGAGCUCGGCGCAUCAAAAAUUUGUCAUGUACAGGCUCCACGACGUGUGCUGGUGGUUGUGUUGCUGUUCAUGCCAUGAUACAAAUAAGCGGGACUAGGGUGAGUUGUUUACUCUCAUAGGAGCGACUUCUGGUGCAGAAGCAGGGUUUCGCCACGGAUUACGUGCAGGAGCGGCUGAAGUCCCACGACGAGUUUCUUCGCAGCAACAUAUGCAUCGCAAAUAUGUCUGGGUCUGGAAAAGUUCCAACUUGUCAUGCCUAAGUUUGGAGCAUGCAAAAAUUUGUCUUGCGUGAUCACCAAAAGUUGCACUUUUUUCACCAACAUGAGAGGGAGUUUCUCAUGCAGGAUAGGCAUCAUAGAGACCUCACAAAUUCUGUCAUGCUAGGCCCUGCAUUCCAGACCUCAUUGGGCACGGAAAUUUUGCAUGACAAGUUUUCGUUCUUCCAGACCCAGACAUAAUUGCAUGUCAUACAACAUCCGGAAGAACGACGUGCUGGUCGUGUCGCUCGGCGGCAACGACCUGCUGCAGGGGCGACGCCUGUUCGCGGAGGUCUUUAAUGCCGAGGGCGCGGAGGCAAAGAAAUCCUCCGAGGAGCUGUACCUGGAGCUGAUCGACCGAUUGUUCGAGCAGGAAAAGUGGGAGUACCUCCACCUGCUAUGCCCCGACAAGCAGAACGCGCCCCGCCUCAUCCUGCUGCCCAGCUACUUCCACCCGGAGUCCAGCCUCAAGCUUUCUGCGUAUCGUUUUGUCUUUUAUCGUAUUCAAAUUAAAGAACCAGUAUAUUGAAAGUGUGCUGCUGUUUAUGAUCUUAGUCUUGCCGCAAAGUGAAUCUGUAUUUUCUUCCACUUCCAACAAACCAGGUUUCUGUUCGGGCUCUCGCAGAAGUUGGGUAUGGGGAGCGGGAACGCGUUUCUGGAAACUAUCAAAAUGAAAAAUCCCCCCUCCCCAUAUCGAAACGAAGUUUCUGAUGCUGGAUUUGCGUACACAAGUCAGGCCUGUCUUGCUGGAGAGGACUGCAGGCAUAUGUCCAGCCUGGGUCGAGAGGUUUUGACGUAGGGGACCAGCAUGACAGAUGUCGGCUCUGUAAGCCCAACAGCAUCACAAACCGCCGGCAUAAUGCGGCGGACUCUCAGGCUUUGCCUUCUUGCAAGACAGACAGGAUUUGUGACCUCAAAUCUGCAUCGCAAAUUUUCGGACGAAUGCGUUUUCAAUCUGGGGAGGGGGAAUUUUUCCUCUCAAUAGAAACGACAUUGAGCCGCAUCCACCUGGCGCACCAGCGGCUCGCCGCACGCUUGUAUUACAAUGAAAAAUGCCCCCACACCCGAACUUGCGAGCAUUUGUAUUGCAAACCUUUCCAAAUGAAACAUUCACCCUCUUGCAUCAAUCAGCAUCACAGGUUUCCGAUCGUGAAUAGCAAAAAUUUGUAUUGCAAAAGACCCCAGCAAGUGCGGCGCUUGUCAUGCAAGCGAUGCGAUACACGCCUAUACUCUGCAUCAGAAAGAUUCAUACUCCUUUCAUGCAUGACAAAAAGUUUUCAUUUGGAAACUUCGCAUCAUAAAUUUUUGCAAUUUCAGGGAUGGGGGGCACUUUUCACUGUAAUAGCUUGCAGAAAGAGUGGCCGGAAACGAAGGUGGUGCCCAUUGCGGUGCACGAGCUGUUCGGCCUGGUGGGUUCCGCCCCGGACGUCACGCACAUUCACCCCACCAGCCAGGGCGCGCUGAAGCUGGCCUACGGGUACCUUCAGACCAUGAAGGAACACUUGUGAAGGAAAGACGGAUCAUGUUGAACGGUGUUAGUUGAUGGAGGGGAAUAAAGGCGAUGUCAAAAGUCCGUAAGCAGUAGAAUUUCUAGCAUCGUAUCUUUGUGAGCCGUUGAACAUAAAGAGGAAGUACUGUCUAUUUCCUCAGAUGAUAGCGGGUUUUUUUUUGUCAAAGCCUUCGACCUUCCAAUUUGACGUGCUCUCCCUGCGAAAAUCGCGAUGAUCCUUAGGUUCUUGUCGCAGUGUAUUAACUAUGCUCGGAUCAUCUUCAUCUCUAUUGUCUAUUGUCCCGAGAAAAGGUUGUUUUUUUGUACUCACUGCAUCGUUCGUCUCUGUAGCCUCAUCCGGACUCUAAUCUACCUCCUUGCUCAUCAUGUACUCCUUUUUUGUCCUUCAAAGCAUUUACAUUGUAGUACCGACUGCACAAGAAUCAAGAAUCCAAAUCCAUCGGUGUAGCUACGGCAUUCCAGGUUUUGGCAUAAGAAAAUACUAGCGGAUCUUUGUGCGAGUUAGAGUCGAACCGAAAUCAGAGGCAGUGUUUCCGUAUACACCCGAGUACUAUUAGAACAUA